AUGGGGGGUCGGCGCCGGCGCGACCGAUCCCCGUCCUACAGCGACUACUACUACAGCGAUGAGAGCAGAAGCCCGUCGCGCGAUAGGCGGCGACGCCGCAGGCGACGAGGCUCCCGCAAGCGGCGCGGCGGCGGCGGAAAGGGGACGAGCACUGUCGACAGGUUCAUUCGGGAGAACGAGCUCAGCGAAUCAGCGGCCGCACGCCUUCGUGGUGCAUCGCGUGAGGUGCGGGAUGCAUGCAUCGACCAAGGAUGGAACGUGAUUGAGAACGCCCGCAAUGCCAGCGCAGUCGUGGUCUCACGGAUAAAGAAGAUCGAGGACUCUAUGAAGGGGGGCGGAGGUGGGGGGCGGGAUCGCUCCAGAAGCCCUCCUCCCAGAUCCGGCGGCGGAGGAGGCGGAGGAGGAG